AUUGAUGUGAUUGCGGGAGGUUGAGUUCAUUGGAGAAAUAAAUAAGGGAAAAAGAAAAAACGGAGCAGUGUGAAGCUGUGGUAUGGCGCCGAAGGGUAAAUCCGAUGGUGCCGCCGCCGCCGACGGCAAAAAGAGAAAACGCUAUCUUCCUCACAACAAGGCAGUGAAGAAGGGUUCGUACCCUCUGCGUCCUGGCGUGCAAGGCUUCUUCAUCACUUGCGAUGGAGGCAGGGAGCACCAAGCCUCUCGUGAAGCUCUCAAUAUUCUCGAUUCCUUUUAUGAAGAGCUAGUUCAUGGGGAACAUUCAAGUGUAAAGGAGUUACCCAGCAGAGCUUUGAAUAAAAAAAUUGUUUUUGCAGAUUCUGAUUCUUCUUGUAGCAGUGAUGAAGAUGAUGGUGAUGAUGAUGAUGAUGAUGAGGGGGAGGAGAAGGUGGUGCGGGAGGGGGAUGAGGAAAAGGGGGACAAAAAGCCCAAAUUGGAUACUUCUAAUGAUGACAAUGCCAGUCAUGACGAUGGAACAGGUGAAAAAUCAGAUCCUCAUAAAGUUGAUGAACCGCACAGUCAGGCUGUAGAUAAAGCUAGUGAUAAUCAGGGAGACAUUGACAAUCUUAAGACUACAAAAGGGACAGCUGACGAUCAACCAGCUGUGAAACAGUGCUGCAAAACAAACAUGCCUACAUGUGAUUCUAGUGACAAAGUGGAAGAGAAGUCUAUUGAUAAGUUAAUUGAAGAAGAACUCAAAGAAUUGGGAGACAAGAAUAAGAGGCGCUUUGUCAAGCUUGAUUCUGGUUGUAAUGGUGUAGUAUUUGUUCAAAUGAAGAAGAGAGAUGGAGAUAAAAGCCCCACGGAUAUAGUUCAUCGGAUAGUGACAUCGGCAGCGUCAACAAGGAAGCAUAUGUCAAGGUUUAUUUUGAGAAUUUUGCCAAUUGAAGUGUCAUGUUAUGCUUCAAAGGAGGAAAUUUCAAGAGCAAUCAAGCCUCUUGUGGAACAGUACUUUCCUGUGGAAACACAAACUCCACAAAAGUUUGCUGUAUUGUAUGAAGCCCGGGCGAAUACUGGUGUUGACAGGAUGGAAAUCAUCGAUGCUGUUGCAAAGUCAGUGCCUGGACCUCAUAAAGUUGAUCUAAAAAAUCCUGAUAAAACAAUAGUAGUUGAAAUUGCCAGGACUGUGUGCUUGAUCGGGGUCAUUGAGAAAUACAAGGAGUUGUCCAAGUACAAUCUGAGGCAGUUAACAUCACCUAAAGAAUGAGUCUUCCAGACAGCUUCUAUGCUUCUUGUUGUUGCAGCAUUAUAACAGCUUAACGUAUUUACUUUCACCUUCAUGUCUGGUCUUUUUGACAGUUUUCAUUUUGGAUAGUGUUAGAUGGUUCUUGCAACUAGUCCUUUCAGUGUAGUUAGUUCUCGCAAAUCAAGCGAAAAGUUCUUACGUAGCAGAGUAAUAUGUCAUAUUUGGAUUUAUAAUAUUAUUUAACAAAUUUUAAAUUGAAUUUCAGCCGUAGUUAUCCA